AUGGAAGACUUUUCGUAUGCAAGUAAUCCAGGCAACAAUAACAUGUCAUCGCGAAUUCAACAACCAUCACACAGGAUGCACCAACAGGUUAACAGCAGUUCGUCGCUGCCACCUUUUGACAGUCCACUAGCAGCAAGAACUCGGCCUACAUCCGAAAUAUUUCUCCAAACUCCAUUAAAACAGUUCGGUACCAGUAAUGGGAUGAAUACAAUUGGUCCAGGUGGUGUGUCCCUUGGUCCAGGUAGUGGUACUAACUCGGCAUUGGCGAACCAUAUUAAUCCUGACGAUCAAAUGAUGGAUUUGGCUGCGGAGAAAUGGCUAGCAGAUCUUGAAUUGUAUCAAAAAACUCUAGAAGAGAUGGCUGAAGUCAGUCUUGAUAAAAAUUUCAAAGAAGAGCUGAAUGAUAUUGAGCGAUGGUUCGAAGUGCUCAGUGUAGGUGAGCGAACUGCUGCUCUGUAUGCGUUAUUACAGCAAACAACACCUGUUCAGAUUCGUUUCUUUAUUACUGUUCUACAGAAAAUUGCGAACAGAGAUCCUAUUUCAGCAGUAUUAUCGCCUACUAAUCUGGAGAGGGAGCCAUUGCAAUCUCAACUGAAUGAGGCCAUAACUAGACAGCAGCAAGGCCAGCAGUCUAAUAGCUCUACCUCGCCCUCGAACAAGAACAUUUCAGUUAGUAAUGGGUCGACAUCUUCCAAGGGCCAGUCACAGCAUCAUCUUCAUCAACCUCAACCUCAUUCUGCGGGGUUUACUCAGAAUUAUCCUCAUCUUCAUAGUCCUAUACCCUCAGGCGUUGGCACAUCCCCAUUCAUGACGCCUCCACCAAAGCAUGAUCUAUAUAAUAACUCGUUCUUGGGCAGCUUCAGUAAGCCUAUUGCACCACCGAUAAGCCCCUGGGCUGCUCAGGAAAUUAACCGACCCAAGUCGGCCGACGCACCAACUGGCCAAAAUAGCCAGCUUCAUUCAUUGAUUCAGCAACAACAACUUCAGGGGUUACAGGGAUUCCGUCAAUUUGGUGGCGCUGGUAGCAGACUAUCGAAUCUUAGUGUGACUAGUAAUAGCUCUGAUACUCCUUCUGUGGGUGGGGGUAACUCCAAUACUUACAAGCACAAUAAGUCGCUGUCAGUUCUAGACGAUUCAUUGUCAAGCUAUCUCCCAGAUAGCUCUACCAACUGGUCUAGCAUUGUAAAUACGCCAGUUAGCCACAUUGGUACCCCUCAGAGCAAACUAAAUUCCGAAAUUAUUAAUAGCACCGCCAUGAAAAUGGCUGCUCUUUCUACUGUUAAUAACAGGGUUGUGCUUGAUUCCGAUGUGAAAAAGUUUCGCCGACGAGGUAGUCUUAUUUCCAAUGAAGACCAAAAGUAUAUCGACCGAGAGCUUCAAAAUCUUCAUAUACAAGCCAACAAGCAUACUAGCACGAACUCGCCUUUUGCAUCGACACCAUCUCCCGCUUCUUGGACCUUGGGAAUUAGCAAUAACACCACCAGCACUACCAAUAACACCAACAACCAUAAUAUUGGAAACGGUUCACCUAUGCCUUCCAAUAAGCACAAUAUAUCAACCUCCCCUCAGGAUCGAAAGUCUGGACUUUCAAAGGUAUCGUAUGGACAUCAGGACUCACCGUCUAGAGAUAUGACAACGUCGCCCGCACCUUUGGGAACACCCAAAAAGGAUGCCCCAGUUGAUAUCGAACUUUUGCAAGACAUUGGUGCCUGGUUACGUUCUCUAAGACUUCACAAAUAUACGGACAAUUUAUCGGACUUGAAUUGGAAAGACCUUGUUGAGUUGACCGAUGCUGAUUUAGAAAAAAGAGGGGUUAAUGCAUUAGGAGCUCGAAGGAAAAUGCUCAAAGUCUUUGAGCAAGUCAAAGAGGCCCAACAGGUUGGAUCUAUUUAA